GGAAGAGCUUCAGUUGAACGUAACUGUCCCCUGGUGUGACGUUAAGCAACCAUGGAGCUGGGAUAACGUUGAAAGGAGUGUUCUAUGGUUUAAUUUGGCUCUCUUCUCUGUGGUUGUUCUGGCGACUUUGGUGGAGGCUGUCCAUAGAUAUUUCGAACAUCAUGGGUUGAAGAAUGGCUUGUCCAAACAUCGCAAAUUAAGUCGAUUUCUAGAAUUUAUUAGAUGUUUUUCUCUAUACACCAACGUGGGAAUUACGCUAACCACAAAAUCUGGAAAUCACGAUCUUCCUGUGAUUCAUGGAAUGAGGGUUUUUAGCAUCAACUGGAUAAUUCUCGGGAAUACUUUUUACCUAUUAUCGUAUAACCAAGUGGGUGCUCUGUCAAAAGUACUGGACCUAGGAAAAGAUUUAGCUUUCCAGUUAGUUCUUCAAACUACCUUUGCUGUGGACACGUUUUUCUUCAUCAGUGGCUUAUUAGUUACUCACCGAACGCUAAGAAAGCUUGGAGAAAAUCAAGAUCAGUUGAAUUUACUGAAAUUCUACAUUCACCGUUAUUGGAGGUUAACACCAGCCUUCGUUUUGAUAUCAGCACUAAUCAUUAUUGCGCCAAACUUUGGAAGUGGACCUAUCUGGCACGAUAAACUGGACACCUUAGCAAAAGUAUGCCGCAAAAACUGGUGGACUAACCUACUGUACAUCAGCAACUUCUUAAAGCCUGAGAACAUCUGCGUACCACACGGAUUCUACCUGGCCUGUGAAAUGCAAUUCUUUCUUUUAUCGCCCGUUUUUAUAAUGACGUUAUACAGAAAAUCGAUUGUUGGGAAACUGCUGCUUGCCCUAGGAAUUUUUGGUUCGAUGGUUACCGUGGGGAUUCUUACACCUUUAUUCAAUCAGAUGCCAACAUUACUCUUCUCUAUAACUGAGCCCAACACUUUACCCAUGACAUGGAAUUAUGGGAAGAUCGUUGCCUUUCUGGGCUGGACCGUAGCUUUCACCUGCAACCUAGCGGUUGUUUUUGGAGUUUACGCAUGGAAUCGUGGAUAUUUACCUCGACUGGUGACAGGAGCAGUGUACGCUUGCGUGAGUCGGUUUGUCUGGACACUAGGCCUUUCCUGGGUUGUUGUAGCUUGUACGAAUGGAUAUGGAGGAACUAUCAACUCGUUACUCAGCUGGAAGUUUUAUAUCCCCCUAAGUCGAGUGUCGUACAUGGUGUUUCUUCUCCACCCGGCUUUCAUUAUUUUCUUCAGUGGUCACUACCGUUCAACCCUGUAUUACUCCAGCUGUCUUGUGUUUUAUCUGUUCAUCGCAUAUACUAGCGUAUCCUACUUGGGAGGGUUCCUCUGCUCGUUAUUUUACCAAACUCCAUUUUGGAGUUUGGAGAGGUUUUUCGUCAGUUUAAUGUCUAAGAACACGUUGUCAACGGAUGAUGACCUCAAUAGAGACGGCUCACAAAAUGGAGCAGAAGAUGAUCAUUGGUUGACUAGGAACAAGAAAGAAUUGGAUCUGAAAGAAGUAGGAAUAACAAUGAAAAACUACAACGCUAGAUGGGGCGAGUGUGGUACGCAAAAUAAAGUAUACACAGCAAAAGUAUGAAAAAUAUAGAGUGGGUAACGGAAGGUAAUAUAGACAUACAUUCCACUAGUAUGGUAACUAAGAAUUAUUC